CUCUAAUGAAUGUUAUAUUCAGUGUGGAAUCAUCCACCGUGAAAGUUUACUGGACGGUUAAUAGACGUUCAGAAUCCUAGAAGAUCGUCCACCAUGGAGUUUGGCUGGACGGCUUAUGGACGUCCACGAUGAAAUCCUAGAGCAUCGUCCAUCGUGGAUCUCUAAUGAAUGUCUAUCUGAUUUCCAUCGUGGAGACAGACGUUCGAUGGGAGUUUAAUAGAGUCAUGGAGAUCCAAUAGACGUCCACUGGAGGUUAUGUAGUGUACUUAUUGGUUAAUCUUAUGGAGAAUAACAUUAACCAAUCCGAGAAUCUCUUAACAAAAAGAGCGAUACCAAUUCGCACGUUGUCUUUCUUUAGUAAGUGAGACAUCUCCACUCCUUGAAGGCUCCAAUAUAGAACUCAAUGGUGUUUUUGAACGUAGCCACGAACAGAUGACAGAUGUCGUAUCAGCUAACGAAAUUGAUCGGUGCGUAAUUCAUUGACGGUCCAAUAUUGCACGAGAAUUAUUGUUUCUUGAAAAUAAUGGAAGACGCUCUGACUUCUCCGAUAACGAAAAUGUUCAUUUCGUUUCAAGACUGUCUGAACAAUGAGCAAGAAGUGCGUGAGCAAAUCCGUGUUAUUGUUAAGAAUAUUGAGAAGAAUUCCAGGGAUAUAUUAAUGACCUUACAAAAUAUUCAUACAGUGGAUCACACAAUGGAGGAGAAUAUAAUUGUAUCAAAAUAUUGUAGAAAGGCAAGAGAAAUAUUUGAUGAUGUAAGGAUCCAAUAUGCAAGUCUAGCUGAAGUGGUACCAAGUAAUCAAUAUUAUCGUUAUCAUGAUCAAUGGCGUUUUGUUACCCAGAGGUUGUCCUUUCUAGUUGCUCUAGUAAUAUAUUUUGAAAUUAAAGUUUUGGUUGAUAAAAAGACUGUUGCAGAUAUAUUAGGAGUAAAAAAUAAUAGAGAAGAUGGUUUCCAUCUAGAUCUGGAAGAUUACUUACUAGGCCUGCUGCAAUUAUCUGCCGAAUUAAGUCGUUUCGCUGUAAAUAGUGUCACGAAUGGUAAUUAUGAGUGGCCGAUGGAAAUUGCGACGUUCGUUAAUAAAAUAAAUGCUGGAUUUCGGCUAUUAAAUUUAAAGAACGAUAUAUUAAGGAAACGAUUUGAUGCUCUUAAAUACGAUGUGAAGAAGAUCGAAGAAGUAGUGUACGAUUUGUGCAUUCGCGGUUUGAUACCAUCGCCCCGGCCUAUUGAAGAAAUGCCUAUCGAAUAAUUUCUUUUUUUUUAUUUUUUCACAAUAUUUUACAUUAAUAUAUCUCCAUAAAUAUAACGAGUGCAAUGUGCAAAAAAA